AUGCGCGGUGCGAAACAACAUCAUAGUUGGAAAGCCGAUGAUGAACGACGGAAACGAUUGGCAGCACCAUCAAGUCAAUCGUCAUUUACGACCAACAAUAACAACAAUAAUAACAAUUACCACCAUAAUUCGAGCAAUUACGCGCAUGGAAAAGCUCAUACAGGGAUAUCCUCCACACACUUAGCAUUACUUCCAAUUCCGAUUCGAAGAUCAGAUUCUCAUGAAGACUAUAACCUGGGAUUAUGCGGAUAUAUAUUAUUAAUCCUUUCUUAUGCACUUAUUUGUCUGACGUUUCCAUUUUCGUUGACAGUUUGCUUAAAAGUGGUUCAAGAAUAUGAACGAGCGGUUAUGUUUCGAUUGGGUCGUAUUCUCGGUGGUGCCAAAGGCCCAGGUCUUUUUAUCAUAGUGCCAUGUGUUGAUGCUUAUACAAAAGUUGAUCUGAGAACAAUUACAUUCGAUGUGCCACCGCAGGAGAUUUUAACAAAAGAUUCAGUCACUGUAGCUGUCGACGCUGUUGUCUAUUUUCGAGUAUUUGAUCCAGUUAUAUCGAUUACCAAUGUCGAAGAUGCUCCCAAAAGUACACAAUUACUCGCUGCUACAAGUUUACGUAAUGUUCUAGGCACCAAAUCAUUACAAGAGAUUCUCUCUGAUCGAGAGUCUAUUGCACAGACUAUGCAGGCGGCUUUGGAUGAAGGUACUGAAGGUUGGGGAGUUCGUGUCGAACGGGUUGAAGUUAAAGAUGUGCGAUUGCCUGUUCAAUUACAAAGAGCAAUGGCUGCCGAAGCUGAAGCGGCAAGAGAAGCUCGUGCUAAAGUUAUUGCAGCUGAAGGUGAACAAAAGGCAUCAAGAGCAUUGAAAGACGCUGCCGAUGUUAUUAUGCAAUCCCCAACAGCUCUUCAACUUCGAUACUUACAAACGUUGACAACAAUUGCAUCAGAGAAAAAUUCAACGAUUGUAUUUCCAAUUCCGAUCGAAUUAAUGCAAGCAGCUAUCACAACGUAUCAAACUUAA